CAUCUGUUAGAAAUUUUUAUUUUUCAUUAUCUGUGACCGUUUGUUUUGAAUUUGAAGUUUUAUUAAUCUUAAGUCCGGUUUUUGCCAACUGUUUGAUUUUUGCAGAAAGCUACGUCAAUGUGAUAUAAUUUAAUAAAAUGAAUAAAAAUUGCGGUAGAAGACUCGCUGAUUUACAAGAUGAACACUACUGCGCAGGAAAUGUCACAGGGAAUUUCCGUCGCUCUUCUUCACUGCGGCUGCGCGGGGAAAAAAUGGUGCAGCGGUCGCCUUUAACAACUAGAAAAUAUAUACCAAUAAUCACGGAAAAUACAAACCAGAAACAACGAAGCGAUGGCUCUCGUCUUCCAGAGCCAAGCCAUCGCCCACGUAGUCAAUCUUUUAACUCAAACACACAAAACAAACCAAAGAAAUCCUGUUUGAAAAUACAAGAGCCCUGCAUGGACAGGAAUCUAAGCAUGACAGAUUCAGCCCAUACACCUCCAGGAUCUCCGGAAGAUCUGCCUGAUGAUGAAUCCCUCCACAGUUAUGGCAGUGCAGCUACUGCUGCCUCCAUUGAUGCUGGAUAUGCACCAUUUAAUGGUACGACUUUCAGUGGCAGAUCCAUGCGCUAUGUAUUGCAUUGUUCCUCACAUGCUGGUCUGGCAGGAGAAGAAUAUCUAACACCAACACAGCGUGCCCAAAAGCAAAUUCGUCGCCUUAAAAAUCUUUUAAGCCAAGCAAAAAAAGACUUGGAAAAGAAGGAUAGUGAAAUAUUCCAACUCACGAAAGAAGUUGUUGAACUACGUCUAUAUAAAGCUUCGAUAUUUUCACCAGAUGACAAGUCAAACAGUAGUGAGAUUGUAACAGUACGGGAAAACAACGAAGAACCAUCUAUUGAAGAUGACAGUAUUAAGUGUAAAGAGAGUCAUAGGUCUUAUGAUAUUAUUGAUAGUCCGUUAUUUAAAGGACAAACUCCUACCCGUUGUCGCAAUGAAAUGCAAGGAUCAUUCACCGAUUCAGGUCAUUUUGAUGAUCUAACAAACUCUUCCUUACACUCAAAAGAAUCAGUGCAUAUGUUGACUCAUGAUGCAUCAUGUAUGACUGAAAUAACAGAUAGUGAUGAAGAGCGUCGCAGUUUGAUAGCAUAUUAUGAAAAGAAAAUUGAAGACGUCAUGAGAACCCAUGUGGGUGAGACGCAAGAAAUGAAGACAAAUCAUAAUGAUAAAAUUGAAGCUCUGCUGCAGAAACUAGCAGAUGUUAAUACUCGUUACUGUGAACUGUUGCCAAACUAUGAACAAGCUAAAGAAAGAAUAUAUGUUUUGGAAAAACAGUUGGAGGAAGCGAGCAAGCAGUUACAAGACGAAGAAAGCAGACACCGUUCAAUUUACCUGCAAAUGUACAAUAAGGGACGAGAAGCAGCUAAAUAUGAGCUGGAUAAGAAUGGUGACCCAGAACCUAGUACAAGCCAAUUGAGCAGAGUUUCAGUAGAAGAACUGUUGGAACAACUGCAAAUUACUCAGACUGAGCUCGAGAAUGUCCGAGCAAUGUACCGUCGCAUUGUUGAAUCCCAGAAAGGUACCAAGAUGAAUGUAGAUCCAGAGGUGACACUACAGUUUUUAAAGUCGGCCAUUUAUUAUUUCCUAACCGACCCAGAGAACCAUCAAGGACAUUUAAAUGCCAUUGAGAACAUAUUAGGCUUCACGGAAGCUGAAAAGAAAAAUAUACGCAAAGCGAGAACAACAUAGACUGCUGCAGAUGUGUGAUAGUUAUAAAUAGAUAGUUAAUUGUUUGCCACUUAGAUAAUAUAUUAUUGCAUGUCCUCAGAGGCUAGUUAGAUGAUGCAUAUAUAAAAUUAAAUUGGCUGCACAUUGUUUUUUGUUACUCCUAACUAUAUUAUGCUAUUUAUAGUUCUUUUUUGUUGUGGUGGUAUAUUUUAUCAGAUUCAGAUUUGGCUAAGGAAGAUUAUAAUAUAAUAAGAUUUCGAAACGAAUUUAUUAUUUAGCAACUGUUUGUGAUUCUAUAGUUCUAAGCGCCAAAGAGAAGAAUUCCUUUAUUUUGAUUGUACUAUUUUGACCUUUGUUCAUAAGUGUACAGUGAAGGCUAUUAAUAUUGACAAUUAUUUUAAGUGUUACAAUGUCUCUAUGAUUUUCUUUAUUUGGUUUUUUCUUUUACCUUUGUUCUUGUUAUCCUGCAUGUAUUACUUUAUACUAUAAUUUUACGUUUUAUUAUUUAUUUUAAAAAUAUUUACAAGUUGCCACUUUUAAAAGAAAUGCGCAUAGAAGGUUAAUUUUAUGAAUUUAAUGCAUUAGAACAUUAUUUGAAAUAUCAACCGUCCUGACAUUGCAUUGCGAUAAAAUUAAUCUUUUACAGCCAGAGCUCUGAUAAUAAUUAAUUUAUAUCAGUUUGUCAACUUUUCUUGCCCACUUAAAAGCUACGUCUGUGAUUAGUAUAUUUAUUAAAUUUAUUAUUGAAUAAAAAAAAAUCUUAUUUAUCGCUAUUCCAUCCUAACAUAUGACAAUAUUUUGUUAAAAUCAUACAUAAUACUCUUUUCAAUUUGAAAUACACAGAAAUGUACUUACUGAAUGUAAUUUAAAUAACAUAUUUUAAAGUAUAUGUAGAAGAGUUAAUGUGUAGUUGUUUAGUAUGGCUAGUAGCAAAGCUAUUUACUUAAGCAAUUUAUCACAUUCAGAGGCACGAUUUGCUAAACUUAUAUUUAUUUUGUCUUUUCUGAGCAUGUCAAAUUGACAAGAUUUAAGUAACCAAUUUAGUGGGGUGGAUAUUUGUGAUUUUGCAUUCUUUACUGCAUAAUUUUAAAUAUCUUAUAUACCUGGUAACCGUAUAGGUACUUUAAGUAUAAGAAUAAAUUGUGACAUUUUCACUGACAGCUAUAAUUCUUUGUUUGAAAUAAACAAGUGAAUGCA